AGGAAUGGAGAGCAAGAAGCAGCUUUAACAACCUGUUUCUGAGGCCUUUAGCUCCGAGCGGACUGUAACUGGGAUGAGAGGCUUUGACUUUCUGUUAGCUGAGUUUAAGAGGGUCAUGUAAAAAAUAUUAAAACCAUAAAAAAAGAGAGAGAAACUUUACUGUUGUUGCUCCCGCUGACGGUCGGCGUCAUAUCAAAGUGCUUGAUGGCUGUUACUCAGGCUGUUCUCCCCUCCUUCAGCUCCUUCUCCAGCCUCGCUCAGCCCACUGACAAUAUGAAAGUGUGGAAGUCUGAGGGCGACUCUCUCCCUCUGGACUCUCUCAGCCACAAACUGUCCCCCAGCAGCUCGGAGCAGCUGCAGGCCUCUCAACAAAUGGCCGAGGAGCUCCUGGACGACGACAGCCAGGCGUCCUGGGACAUUGAGUUCCUGCUGUCUGAUUGGAGCAGCCACUCGCCCGACCUCAACCCGCCUCUGGACAACCACGACCAACGGCUGCCACAGUUAGACCCAAACACAGCGUACCAAGAGGCGGCGGCCAUGUUUAUUAAGGACCAACCAGGACAGGAGCACCUGCAGUUGAACAAUGGCUGCCUAAUGACGGAGCUCCUGUCUCCUGCUAAAACCACCACGCCGCCAGUCCAGCCAGACCUCUAUCACCAUGGUUACAAUGAAGAACAAACUGCUCGGACUUCAUUCCCCAGUAAUGUAGAUCAGUUAGGCUUCCAUCAAGGAGGCAGUGUGGAGAGGCACGGCAGAGGAAACUUCACCAAAGUCUCAUCAUGGGACUUUAACGCGUAUUAUCCCCAGCAGCACCCCUCCAUCGUGACCUUCCCCGACAGCAGGUUUCUACAACCUCAAGCUGUGACCCCUGACCCCCGACACUACAGCUACAUGCCACACUUUAACCACAACGCUAACCUUUACUGUGACUACACUCACAGCCAGGCCGCCGCGCAUCUGCAGCUUCACCAGCAGCCCCUGCUGGUCGGAGCGCCGCUGCCCCCUGGUGUGGUGGAGGGGAAGCGCGGUCGAAAGGCUCCGGGGAAGAAGAGGCCGGCCAUCCACAGCUGUGAAUACCCCGGCUGCAGCAAGACCUACACUAAGAGCUCGCACCUCAAGGCUCACCUCCGCACCCACACAGGGGAGAAGCCUUACCACUGUUCCUGGGAGGGCUGCAGCUGGAAGUUUGCCCGUUCAGACGAGCUGACGCGUCACUACCGCAAACACACGGGCCAGAAACCGUACGAGUGUGUUCUCUGUCAGAGAGCCUUCUCCCGCUCAGACCACCUGGCCCUGCACAUGAAGAGACACACCUGAUACACACACACACACACACACACACACACAAACACACUCAUACAUAUAUACACACACAA